GGCACCUGGAAACCUCAAGCCUUCCGCCCCCCGGACCUCAGACCUCUCCCGGAAUUCCCGACGGAUCCCGGGCCUGACCGCGGGCACCAUGCUCCUCUCCACCUGCCUGCUCUCCCUGCUGACGGCCAGGGCCCUCUCCCUGCAGGGAACGAUAGACGACGAAGAGGAGACGACGGCGUCCCCGUCGCCCCGGCCCGUCCCCUGUGACUACGACAGCUGCCGUCAUCUGCAGCUGCCCUGCAAGGAGCUGCAACGGCGCAGCCGGCAGCCCUGCCUCUGCCCGGGCCUCUCCAGCCAGAACCAGCCCCCGGACCCUCCCCGGCUGGGGGAGGUCCAGAUCUGGGCCGAGGAGGGGCGGGCCGUCUUGCACUGGUGCGCCCCGGCUUCCCCGGUCCGGGAGUAUCGGCUGCAGUUCUGGGAGGACGGCGGGGACCCCAGGAGGGGCCCCGCUCUCAACAACAGCCUCCGCCAAGCCCCGCUCUAUCCGCUGCGGCCCGGGGCCUCCUACCUGGUGUGCGUCGUGGCUCUGAACGACGCGGGGGAGAGCCCCACCGUAGAGGGGGACGGGGAGGGCUUUCGGGGGAAGGGAGAGGCUGAGCUCUUCGGGCCCUGCCGGCGGAUCUCCGUGCCCCCCCGGCCCCAGACCUACGUCCACGUCGCGGUCGGAAUCGGGGUGGGGUUGGCCUCGGUGAGCUGCUUGGCUCUGCUCUGGCACUUCUGCCUCCGGGAUCGCUGGGGCUGUCCCCGCCGUGGCCGCCCCCGCCGCCAUCGCCCCCGUCCCGCUUCCGGGGACGCUCGGGGGCUCUAGGGGACCGAAUCGGGAGCCGGCGUUGGCGGGACGGCUGCCGCUCUCUCCGACUUCGGGGCCCCGCGGUGGGCUUCUGAGGAGAACUGGCGCCGCCCUAAACUUACGUGUGUGUGUGUCUGUGUCCGCGCAUCUGUGUCUCUCUCUCCCCAAGAAAUCAGCCUGGAUCAGAGGGAAGGACUUAACUCUUUUAAGAGCAAAGUAAGCUCCCUUGUGCGAGAGGGACCGUGCGUGAAUUCACUUAUUUUACAUUCAUCCAGUCAAGCAGUGGUAUUUACUGAGCUCCUCCUGGGUGCGGAGCACUGUACUAAGGGUUGGGGAGAGCGAUGAUAAUAAGGUAUUGGUUAAGCGCGUACUAUGUGCCAGGCACCGUACUAAGCGCCGACAGCACGAUGCCACAGUCUCGAUAGACCCGAUCGGUGCGUACAAGGAACUCGCAGACUGCUCAGCGCUUACUGCCGUGCUCGGCCCCAAGCAAGGCCGUCUACUUGGUCCUACAGCUGACCCUUCCAGGACCUUCCUGUGAGCCGGAGAGAGAUGUCGCAAUGACCUCGCUCUUCGUUUCUGGAGCGUUUAUAGCUGCGCUCGCAUUCCACAGCCCGCGAGUGGGUGGACUGGGCUAGUUUUCCUAGAUGGAGACCGUGUGUCAAGGGAGCCGGAUGCCAAGAAACCCAUCCCUUCUGCUUGCCGCGCCUGUUCUCCUUGAGCAAUAAACGUGAGCUGGAAUCUGA